GGAAGAGGAUUUAAGAUUGGCGGGGCAGGAAGAAGGUGAUCAAUGGCGGCCAGGACUGUGUUGGCCGACCUGCUGGUGACUCACUCUGCCUCAGCACCAAAACAAACACUCCUAUGAGUUAGGAUGAGAAAGAUAAUGUUCUGCAACACUAUCAUUGUCAAGCCCAAGAAGGUCGCUAUUAGUGAUUGUUUUCCACCACGAUGAGCACCAGCAGAGCAGUGGUACAUCAUCAGUGACCUGGUGGUGGUGGUGUUGCUGGUGUGGUGUGUGAGAGGUGUGGUGCAGAUUACCAAAUGAGGAAAACUAAGCUUGCAAAUAUGAGUGCAUUUGCAAGUAAAAGUGGGAGGGCUGUGCACCCUCAGUCCCCACCCUCUGGUGCUCCGCCGGGGGGCAACACAGAGCUAGCCAGCUUAUUUGAGUGUCCUGUGUGUUUUGACUAUGUACUGCCUCCCAUCCUGCAGUGCCAGAGUGGCCACCUUGUAUGUGCCAACUGCCGCCCUAAACUCACCUGCUGUCCAACAUGCCGGGGACCCUUAGGGAAUAUAAGAAAUCUGGCCAUGGAGAAGGUGGCCUCUACGGUAAUGUUUCCCUGCAAAUACUCCUCCUCGGGCUGCUCCGCCACUCUGCUCCACACAGACAAGACAGAACACGAAGACACCUGUGAGUUUCGGCCGUACAUGUGUCCCUGUCCCGGUGCCUCGUGCAAGUGGCAAGGCUCCCUGGAGCAGGUCAUGCCACACCUCAUGAGCGUCCACAAGAGCAUCACCACUCUGCAAGGAGAGGACAUUGUGUUCCUGGCAACAGACAUCAACCUGCCUGGUGCAGUGGACUGGGUCAUGAUGCAGAGUUGCUUUGGCCACCACUUCAUGUUAGUACUGGAGAAGCAAGAGAAGUUUGACGGCCACCAACAGUUCUUUGCCAUCGUGCAGCUCAUUGGUUCCAGGAAACAGGCAGAAAACUUUGCAUACAGAUUGGAAUUGAAUGGACCAAGAAGGAGACUCACCUGGGAAGCCACACCCCGAUCCAUACACGAAGGCGUUCAGUCAGCCAUCAUGAACUCCGACUGCCUGGUGUUUGAUACCUCCAUUGCCCAGUUGUUUGCAGACAAUGGCAACUUAGGGAUAAAUGUCACAAUAUCCAUGUGCUGAAGGUUAUCACUUCUGGAAUGUUUAUCAACCAGAAGAGACUGUUUCUGCUCAAAGUUUAUGGGUGAUAGGACAUUUUUCUCCAUUAAGGAUUUUCAGGAUUUUCAACUCCCGGCCUAAGUAAAGGUGAAGGGGUUGUACCAUAAAGAGACUAGAUUUGUGACAUGCCCGAAGUGGAGUGCUUCAUUUCAUCAAAUUCGACAUCACCGUUCUGCUCCAGGAUGUUGAGUUGGUUGUAUACACUGUCAAAGAAAUCCCUUCCUAUGGUGCCAUGUACCCCUACAGCAGGUACUUCCUAAGAGAUCUUCUACACUCAGACAAGACCAAGUACAACUCCAGUUCAUUAUUUUUUCAUUAUGAUAUAAGGACUUUUGUAAAUAGCAUUUCAAAGAGUUUAAAAAAGGCUAUUGGUUAAGCAACAAAAAAAAAUCUUUUUCAUCAUGACUUCAUUUAAUAAAUUACAAAUCAUCAUAUUUAUUAAUUUAUUUCUCUGUGGAAUCUACACAGUGCACUUUUAUUUUGCUAUCAUACUCUAUGAAGAAAAUCUAGUAAACUGCACUUUAAAUAUAUAUGUUAUUAUUUCUGAUUAUGGAUCAGACUAAUUACUGUUAAGAUUACUCUGCCAUUCAUCACCUUUGUAAUGUUUAUUUUUGCUUUACAUCACGGCCACUGAGGUAAUGGCUAAGGUGUUCCUAUGAAUAAUACAGAUUGCCGACACUUUCUUAGCUAAGUGUUCAUGGCUAUGAUAUGCUGUCUUAGAAAGUGUGAGGUGUCACGUAGAUAACAAUGCACUCCAGACCAGUGAUCAGUGAUGAAUGGGAACUCUGCUGUAGUACCUCAGUUUCCUGGACUUUUCCUUUGCUUACUACAGAGAUUAUAGCUCAGAGAGAACAGGAACUGGGUUUUCUUGCUGCUAUGAUGUUAUUAAUAAAUACAGGUGGGAUGAGAGGUAAUGUGUGAGUGAAACGCCUCAGUCAGAGGAGUUUUCUUGCUGCUAUGAUGUUAUUAUUAAUACAAGCGGGAUGCCAGGUAAUGUGUGGAUGGAGCUCCUCGGCCAGAGAAUUUUAUACGUAAACGUUGGUGUGCAGAUCUUGAAUUCUUAACUGGAAACCCAGAGUGAUGCACGUUUUGGCAGCUUAUUACUGGACUCGCUUGACUACCUUUUCUGCCUUGUGAUAUAUGUACAGUUUUGUGUAAGGUGCAUGAAAUCUUGUAGCUCAUAUCGAUAUUUGUGAUGAAAAAGUGACAGGUGAGUCUGCUGUCAGAGGUCAGAUUUAUCUUCUGUGUCCAGUUAAUUGAGGUACUUGAGUAUGAAAGUGAGUGUAAGAUAUUGUAUUGUGCUUAGUUAUGUACAGCCAAAGUUGUUGCCAUUUAUUUCUUAAUUUCAAUGGGAGAAGCAAUAUUUUGUAAAUUUUACAGACCCUUUCAAUCAUAGAAAAGCUACUUUUAUUGAAAGUGUAUUAUUGUAUUUCGUUGAAAAUCAAGAUGUUUAAGACAUUGAUAUGAUAUAUUUGAUGCCUUACAAGAUGCUACUUCAUAGAUGCAAUCUAAUAAAAAAUAUGAAAAUAAUUCUGCAAGAUGAUGUUCCUGCCACUUCAUGGUGAAGUCUGUCUCCAUUGCUCCUCUGGUUUUGAUGAUAUGGCAUUGGCAGUAAAUUCAUUUUCUUCAGCUGGAAAUAUAGGUAUGUUUGUGGACUCCCAGCUAGAAUUUGACAUUUAACAUUAUAUAACCAGCUUUGUUUCUCAAGAGACAGUUUAACAUUGAUAAUUAAGUCAUUCUAAAACCACACCAAAGCUGCUCUUCAGCUUAAGUGGAGGCUAUAUGAAGAAGCUGUUAGUGUCAGUAAGUUAGGUUUGAUUGUGGUCUACACAUAAAAGUAGUAAUCCAUAUUUAUUCUCAAAAAUGCUUUGUAUUCAAGGUGGUGCUAGUCAUAUUGACAUUUCAUUGAGAGGACUAUGUUGCCAUCCAUCGUGAGUUUGAUUAGGCACAAUGUUGAUAUUGGACGAUGUCUUUUGAUAUUAAGUAUGCAGCUGAAAAGUAUUGAUGUGUUAUGAUGUAAAUGAGAUGAAGUAUUUUUUUAUCCCAAAGCUGACCACUUGACAUUAUCUUGCAAGGAGCUUGGUGAUUCUUUGGAGUAACUUGAAAAUGUGUGUCUUGUAAUGCAUCAAAUACAGUAUGUCAUGACCAAUAGUUUUUGGUUUCCAAGGUUACAUGUGAUUUAUUUCAUGGUAUCAACCAUUCUUCCAUAAAGCUUUCACUAAAACUAAGUUAUACUGCCUAACAAACAGUAGUGAGCAAUAGUGUAUAAUACAUAUAUUAUUUUCUUUCUAUUCCAGUAAGAUGGAGGAAAUGUUGCCAACUUAGAGAAAACAUAGAUUAUGAAUCCUAGACGAUUCUUUCCUUCAAAACUUAUGUUCAGAGGCAAAGUUCCUAGACAAUUUUAUGCUACCAAGUGUCACUGGCAAGACACUCAGCCAAUCAUGGGGGAAGUAGAGUGUGAAAAUGCCUCUUGUAUUUUGUGGAAAUGUUUCAUGAAUACAUAGCCCGAGAUGACUAGCUACUUGAAUCACACACUAUUGGCUUUGUCUUUGUUAUGUGAAAUUUCCUGCAGUCAUUCAUCAUUGGUCUCUAGAGAUUGACACAUGUCACGUUCACUUUUAAUGAAGUAUUAGAGGGAUGUGUUGUGAAUGUACAUUAGCAAGUAGCACUACUACCACUGGCUAAGCCUAUUAGAGAAUUGACAGGGCAUUAUAUGAUCUGCCUGAGGAUUAUAAAUUUAAGAGGAAAAGUUUUUGUUUUUUAGUUUGUGGUGAUAAAAUUAUUUGAAAAUUUUUCCAAAGAAAGAUUUAGUUCAUAUGUUGCGUCAUAUACUUUAGGAGUAAUUGUUUUAUUUAUUUUACUAACAUAGUUUCAUUCAAAAAGAAAGCUUAUAUACAUCUGACGUCUUUUGUGCUCCUUUUUAAAAGCUUUUUGUGUUAUCUCAAGGGAGUCCAAGCAUAUGCAUUUAUAUACUUUUAUUGUGGUCCGGUAAGACACACCGUGAAAAAUGUGUGGAAAUCUCAUGUACUUAGUCUAUUAUUUAUAGAACAAAAAAAUGUCUACUAGGAUUGGAUGUGGUUAGCAACAGAGGUUUGUGGAGUAGAGUGUGUUUGUACCUUUGUGCUUUUGUUACUAGGAGUUGUCCGAGGUGUGGUAGUGUAGAUAGCACGGAGGGCACUUCAUCCCCCCCUGGUGUCCUCACCCAACAGGGCUCCUCCUAGUGACCCGUGGAGGUGGGUCCUCACGGGACUCAUUCCACAACUCCUACAAACUAUUUCUCUACACAUUGACAAAGGAACAACAUCAAAGAGAAAUAAAUACAGUUGUUUUUUAAGCUAUCCACCAAAGGGAGACACAUUUUGAAAUUUGUCAACAUAUAUAUUUGUAGUAAUCACUAAGUAUUACACUACUAUAAAUGCGGUAUUGCAAAUGCUGUGUUUAUUGAAUAUAUUUUUUAAGUGAAUAAAAAGCACUAAACCAU